AUGGAUGUAGAUCAAGGACCUGAUUAUGACCAGGAUGCCCCAUGGACGCCAGAACAAAUAGAAAAGGAAUAUGAAGAGAUCGUUCAAGAAAAUGACACUGAUAAUGUCAAUUCAAGACUAGAGUACAACAACAAAAACACAAGGGAAGAGCCCAAGGGCAUUGUUUUCCUCUCAAAGCUGAUGUUGUUAUUCCAGCAUUGCCACUUCUGUUUUGCCAGCAACCCUGACAAUGACAUCACUCAGACUGGAACACUUUUGACCAUAGAAUCUAAAUGCAGAGCCUGCAAACAAAUUAAUACCUGGAAAUYACAGCCAUAUCUAUUAGGAAAGUUUCCUGCUGGAAACCUMUUACUUAGCUUUGCUAUUUUGACUGCUGGAGCCUCAUUUKCUAAAAUAGCRCUGGUUUUCAGGCAUAUGGGGCUUUUGAUGUACCACCGAUCUGUUUUUUACUACCACCAAAGGYAUCUCUUAAUACCAACCAUAGUUACUUUCUGGAGGGCAUACAGAAUAAAGUUAUUGAAAUCACUUGAAGGAAAAGAUGUUGUUUUAGCAGGGGAUGGACGACAUGACUCAAUGGGUCACUCUGCUAAAUAUGGCACUUAUACCACAUUUUGUUGUACCAUAGGUCGUAUCAUUGACAUUGUACUUGUACAGGUAUGUCAUGAAACCUUUUCGUUUACUCACUAUGAAAGAAUAAUAUAA